CAUCCCAAUAUCGUCCCCUUCAUCGGCGUUGAACCUGGAAACUAUGCAUGCAUCGUGUCGGAAUGGAUGGACAAUGGCGAUGUUCUGUCGUAUCUCGAAUACCAUCCAAGCGCCGAUCGCGUGAGACUGAUCACGGAUAUCGCCCAUGGCCUUCAUUACAUGCAUUCAAACGGUCUUGUACAUGGUGAUCUCCAUAGCCGCAACGUCCUUGUGGACAAAGUCGGGCGUGCACGUCUUGUCGACUUUCUUUUAUCGACGACCCUUGGUACCGACUCUUUGGCAACACCUACAGAAUCUUCUUCACGCUGGGUCUCGGUGUUAUACAAGGCCCCCGAGUUGUUGGAUUGGGCGAUGAAUCCGACCCGUACUUCGGAGUCUGACGUGAUGAAUCCGACCCGUACUUCGGAGUCUGACGUUUAUGCAUUUGGUAUGACCACAUGGGAGGUAGGUAUAGUCUGA